UGCACCUAACUUCACAGCAAACAAUCCAUUUUGUUUCCAGUUUCCACUUUUCCCAACUCGAUUUCAAGUUCACUACGAGACGAGUACAUUCUGACUUAACGCGCGAGAUUUUUUGUUGUCAUACAAGUUCGUGAGUGAAAGGAAUUAAGACAUUAUGAUUAUUGUGUGAAAAAUCCUUGCUAGUUCAGGAUUCCGGGAUCCUUUUUUAUUGUUUUAUAUUGAUCAAACGUACUUAGUGCCUCCGAAAAUGGUGCAAGAAUACGUGUCUCCCGUUAGGGUCCACAAGUACCCCUUCGAAAUGGUGAUGGCCGCGUACGAGAGGCGGUUCCCGAACUGUCCUCAGAUACCUGUGGUCCUGGACUGCUCCAUCACGGAAGACAGCUGGUCUUCGGACGACUCCCAGAGGGACACGACACGACGGUGCCAGCUUAAUGUUGAAGCUCCGUAUCUUUUGAAGAAGAUGAUUGGUGUUGACUACGUGUACUUCAUCCAGAAGAAUCAUCUGGAUUUGAAGAGCAGGUUCCUAGAAAUCGAAGCUACUAACGAGACGUUCGCCACUAGGGUCGGUGUGGUCGAGAAAUGUAAAUAUUAUGUGCACCCUGAGAAUUCAGAUUGGACGUGCUUCGAGCUGAGUGCCCUGCUCGACGUGAAGAACUUCUUCGGAUUGGAGAGCACCGUGGAGAAGAUCGCGAUGAAACAAUACGCCGCUAAUAUCGCUAAGGGCAAAGAGCUGAUCGAGUCCUUCAUGAUGGAAGUCCACGCUGACGGUAUCAAAGAGCUCACGCCCUGGACCGCCGGUGACCCUCACAACAACAGGGAACUCCGAAGGAUCGUCUCCAGAGGAACUGAACCGCUGUCACCGAGACCUUUGGCCGAAACUCGACAGCAAUCGAUACCAGAUCAAUUCACACUGGACAGCGAGUACAUCAAGCGCUAUCUCGGCGAGCUGACAACUAUGCAGGAGUCCAGACUACUGCAGCUAAGGAAAUGGAUAGCUGAAUUGCAAAAGGGCAAGGUGCCAAGUGACACGACCUUAUUACGUUUCCUUCGCGCCCGGGACUUCAACGUAGAGAAAGCUAGGGAGAUGCUCUCGCAGUCGCUUCUGUGGAGGAAGAAGCACCAGGUCGACAGGAUCCUGUCAGAAUACGAAACGCCCGACGUCGUGAAGCAAUACUUCCCUGGAGGGUGGCACCAUCACGACAAGGACGGACGGCCACUUUAUAUUUUGAGGCUCGGACAAAUGGACGUGAAAGGCCUGCUCAAAUCUAUCGGAGAAGAUGGACUUCUGAAGUUGACUCUUCAUGUUUGCGAAGAAGGGCUGAAACUCCUCGAAGAAGCCACUCGUUCAUCGGAGCACGCCGUCCAGUCCUGGUGCAUGCUGGUCGACCUGGACGGGCUGAACAUGCGGCACCUGUGGAGGCCGGGCGUGCGGGCGCUGCUCCGCAUCAUACAGAUCGUGGAGGCCAACUACCCGGAGACUAUGGGCCGCGUGCUCAUCGUUAGGGCUCCGAGGGUCUUUCCUAUACUCUGGACUAUCGUUAGCACAUUUAUCGAUGAAAACACGCGAAGUAAGUUCCUCUUCUACGGGGGCAAAGACUACCUUCAGCCGGGAGGUUUGCUGGACUACAUACCCAAGGACCUGAUCCCCGACUUCCUCGGAGGUCCUUGCAAGAGUUUCGUCCACGAAGGGGGUCUGGUGCUGAAGAGCCUGUACGUGAGCGGCGCCUUCACCGAACGCGAGGGAGACCCGCUCCGGGAGGACAGCAUCUACAGAUCCGUCAGUCUGGGCAAGGGACAGGUGCACGAGGUCGUCGUGCUCAACAAAGACCCUCAGAGCGUUCUAACCUGGGACUUCGAUGUUCUGAGACACGACAUAGCGUUCACCGUGUUCAGGAGUGAGCACGAGCUCCACAACCCCGUCGACGAGGUCAACUCAGCGUUGUGCGUAGGUGGCGGCGCGGACGAGGGCCGCUCCGUGCUCGAGCAGAAGGGCUGGCGCGAGGGGGAGCACUACCACCGCGUCGAGCCCACCCUGCUGUGCCACGACGGGGAGAGCAUACAGGGCUCGCACGUGAUGCGCUGCAGCGGCGCCUACGUGCUGCAGUGGCGCUGCGAGCUGCUGGACGCGCCGCCCGCACAGCUCGUCUACUUCCACGAGACGCUCGCCAGCCACCACUACAGGCAGACGAGCAUACGGCCCACCUGAUGGUGAGUCAUUACCGUCGCCCGUGGACUUCAGCAAUGCCAGGGGCAGAGCCAAGCCGCUGCCUACGGACUGUCUGUAAGCUUUGAGUUUAGUUUGUUUGAGCCCGUGAUAUCAUCCGCAGAGGAUCCAUGUCGAGCCUGCAGUCGGGCGCCAGCGGGUUCUCGUGCCUCAGCGGCAAGUCCACCGGCAGCUCCUGUCCGUCGCGGUGAUGCGAGCCCCCGCCCCCCCGCGCGCCCCACUCCUCGCUCGCGGGCGGCCCCCCUCACGAGGCGGGACACGGAUCCGACUAAAAACUAAAAAUAAAACAUUCGGAACGACAGUGCAAUGUUAAUUACUAAUGAAUUUGAACCCUGACGUGUGACCCCUCCGGAUUGUCUCACAGACACAGUCGGCGGUAAGCGUGGAGAACAGAACGCCGCGAACUAGACGCGAUGCCACACGACAAGGGGCGCCCGGUGCAGGCCUGUGAAUAGUGGAAUUGCGAUAGUUGAUAUCGAUUAAAAUUCUAAUCGAAUUAUUCAAAAUCGAUAUUCAACAAAAUGACGCAAAAUUGUACCUCAUCGUGUGCGGCGGAACGCGCUCCAAGCGGACUCUGUUACUUGCGUAAUAGUUUAAAAAAAUAAUAUACUUAAUACUAUAUAGAUGAAGUAUGCUUCAAACCGAAAAUAAAAAAAAAUAGGUAUCGAAUAGUAAUCGUUAGAUAAUUGUUAUGAAUUAAUUAUUAAUCUAGUUACGUGUGAUAUGUGUAUUAUAAUAAUUAAUAUAAUUAAUACAUUUUUCUUUUGUAUAAAAUAUGUUUUUUUUUGAAGCAAUGUUUACUAUCAAGUACUUGUAUCGUUUGAAAAAAAAAACCAAAUUAUUUUACAUAUUACGUCGAUUUAAAAUUGAAAUGCUUUAAAAAUACAAUAUAUUUUUACUAAAAUAUUUUUAGUACCUUUACUUAUUUUUUUAAUGUAGCAAUCAACAUCAGUAAUUAGUUAAGGUGUAUUUAUUUAAAUUAGUGGAUUUUUUCAAAUUACACACACAAUACUGUGUAACAGUUACAAAGAGUUUUAUAUAGAUGUGUGUGUAUGUGUGUGUGAAGUUAUCAUUAUUAUGAAUAUUUUUUGAAGUUUUUCCGAGUCAUAGACAUUAAAAAUAUAUGUGAGUUGAUCGACUCAUGUUACCUGGACUGUGUCCCUAAGCACGGGCCGACGCAGAAGCCUCUAGAACUUUCAUAUAUAUUUGACCUAAGUACAUUCUGUAAAAAAAAAACGGUGCGCAUGCAAUUUCUGCUCCAAACGAGAAGGAAGUGAAACUUCUUUUUCGAUGUGUAGUAUAGUGGUUUUCUUCAUUUUUCAUCCUUAAAUCAGAUUGCUCUUGUAAUAGGGAAUGCUGUGUAUAAGAGAUGCGACAUCUUCAACAUUUAUGUUAUAUAUAUUUUAAAUUAUCGAUGAAAAAUAAAUAUAUAUAUAUAUAUAUAUAGAUAUUUUUAAAUACUUCAUUAAAAUAUUGGAUGCUACUUGUUGCUAACGCUCGCGCUGGCCUGUACCAGGUAUACUACGCGCAUGCGCACGAGUGCCGCGCAUUCACUCUCGCUCUGUCUCUUUCUAUUCCAUGGCAGCGUUAAACGUUUAACGCAACCUUGUUGGAAGUCGCAUUAGAAGUUUCACUUCGAAAUCAAAAUGUUUGCUCUGGACAAAGUGCAAAUUCGUCAAAUUAUGUUCAAUGCUAAUAUUCAGUUUUCGCGACUAACAAUAACAUAACAAUUCUUACGAAUUAAAUAUUUGUUUAUUUCCGACGCUUCGAAUAUUAAGUUGCUCGUUGAAGGCGAGGGGCGAACGUCUCUGGGUCCUGGGUACCAACGGGCCUCGGGUUCCACUCCAGCCAGGCUCACCAGCUCGUAGGUCGAAGUCUUCAUUGUCAUAUAACUUUAGACGAUUCUAGAACUAUUGUAUAUAAAGAAGUCGUUAUACAAAAUGUUGCCAAUUAAACUGAUGUUGUUUUGUGUAAUAAAAAAUUAAUUAAAUCAAGAUGUUUGUGCUAACUGUACAUAAGUGGACGGGGGAAAGGAAACAUGAAAUAAAAAGUGGGGGCUUAGAUAAUUGACGGAUUUAUGUUUCAUAAAUUUGUUUUUACAUGUCAGCGUGACGUAAUGUAAUAAUGUAAAUAUAUAGACGCGUAAUACUUGUUACAUAAUACUUAGAACAUUUUAUCUAGUAUGUAUUUAUAGUAGUCGGUUUGUAGACGGUCUCUAGAGAAGGAAGUGUGAUAUCAAGAACGGUUAGUGUUGUCAUUUGGCAUCGGCUGUCCUGCUUACACGUAUAGCUGAGCAUAUCAUUGCGAGCGAGACGGAAUGAUACUGCACGCUUUGGUCAACAACAAAAAAGUGCGUAUUGUUUUUUUUACACUUACGGCCGACAGCAAGAGUGCGAGCAGGACGGAUAGUAUAAUUUAAAACUAAUGUGUAGGAUUAAGUAGUCAAUGCGCGGUACAAAAUGAGUUCACUUCGUGGCUUUUGGAGGUUAAUUCUGGUGUAGAUUGUAUUUUUGGAAUUUACGAAAUAAGCAAAGCUUGCAUACCAAUAGACAUGUCAUUGUGUAAUGCAGUCGUAUGUCGUGUAGGGAAUUAAAUUGGAAAAGGCCCGAUCAAACGAGGUACGUCUUGCAAGUGUCCAUGGUCUACUGGGCCAAGGUCGAGUGCUGCAAGCCGUGCCCCGACGAUUUUCUCAUUAAAAAAUGUACCAACGCUAUAUUCACAAUUACCUUACUUAUUAGGAGUAACAAUAAACGCACGCAUGAUCCGAAAGUUUCUAGACCUUUGGUUCUGCGGAGUCAACCUAGAAAAUAUUGAACCGAUAAUUGUUUUAAUGUUUUUAGUGAAAAUAUGUUUUUACAUAAUAAUUAUAUAAUAAAAUAAUAAUAAUAAGUACACAUACGUAAUAUUGGUAUUCUUCGGGAAUUGGUAAUUUUAAGUAUUUUUUUAAAUAAGGAAUUUAAGUUUUUUUUUUUAGAUAUUGUAAUAUCGUUGUGGAAAACGUUUAAAGCAGUAUGUUGUUUUAUUACAUUCAUACGGUGUUCGUUUAAAAAAAAAAAGAAUAUUGUACACGCAAUGUAUUACCAGAUGACGCGCGGGGUCAACGCCCUGCAGUUUAUGUUUUUGCUGUAGUUUGCGUGGUAUAUGAAUAAAGUGUUAAGUUAUCUCGUCAAUAGUUCCUUUUUUUUUGGGGAUAGUAAUUGUUUAUUGCUAUUGCGGCUGCGGACAAGGUUCCUACACACUAGUGCAGUGUAGUGGUAGUAAAAUAAUAAUAAUAAUAUGGAGGGGUGAAAUGCUAAUUACGCGACAUUUUUUUUUGUAAUUAAGAGUCCGUUUUAUUUGCUAUUAGCAUGAACGGUUUAAUUGAUUGAACUUUUUAAUUGAACUUCAAUUAAGUUCACUCCAUUGAAAUAGCCGAAGAAGUUUUUUUUAGUGUGAUAUUUUUUCCAAAUUUUAAACUUUAUAUGGACCUCCUGUAAAGUUGGAAAAAAUUCGCUUAAACAAAAUAGCCUUUACCCCUCGAUAUAUUAAACAUAUCAGCACCGGGAAUGGUCUUGUCACACCCUGCAUUCAGAUGAAUAUGAACAUACUCAGAAUUCACUUUCGUUAUGCAUUUCCCGACAUUAAAACCAUAAGGUCGGAUCUGCUGUUCGAUACUUUGAUUUCAUAUCCGACCAUAUCUCUGAUGGCGAGGAUUUGGAGAGUAAUAAUAUGACGUUAAUCUUUAUACAUAUAAUUCUACUGUACGAGUGUAUGUCACUGAAUUCCUCUUAAACGGCUGGACCGAUUUGAAUGAUUUUUUAUUGUAUGCGUUUGGGUAGCGCCAUGGAUGGCUUAGAUUCACAAAUCACCCCGGCAGAUGGUGCUGCAGUCGGUAUCUAGGUUAUUUGUCUAUAUUGCAACUAAACGCUGGAUCGACUUGAAUGAAUUUUUAUGUAUGCAUACAUUUAUUCACUCAUUUCAUUCCCUUUGUGUAUUAUACAGGACAACGUCUGUAGGGUUUGAUAGUAUAUAAUAUAUCUUUUUUUUAAAUUACGUACAAAAAAAAUGCAAUUUCGAAAUGUAAACAACUGGAAGUACUACUAUAUUUUUAGGUAAAUAAAAUAGUUGAACGACCUGUACAUAUAAAAUAUGUACAUUUUAUUUUUUUAAUAAUCGCAAUGCUGCGCUUGUGUUUAUUGUUGUUUGUAUUAUAAUUCACUUGACGUAUCCGAGUUCUCGUUGCGGCAAAAGGUCGUAAGUUCGAGCCGGGACAUGUAACACGGGUUUUAGUUUUCAGAAAUUUUAUCUAUGAAUACGUAAUGUGUACUGCCUUUGUGAGUGCAUACGGUGGCACUGUAAUACUAAUUGUCAAUAGUACUGUAAUGGUAGCUUAGGAAUACUUAAAUUUGACUAGUUUUUAUCGUGAUUUAGAACUUUUGUUGACCUUGAUAUUUCAGUUCAGAUAUACAGACCCCAGGUGGACAAUCAAUACUACAAUGUGGAAAGGGUCAGUUGGCAAAAGAAGGGUAGGGAGAUCGAAAAAACGAUGGGCUGACGAUAUAACUGAAUUAAUAGGGAAGGACCGGCAAACUAUUGGCAAGGACAAAAUCAGUGGAAAGGACUGGAGGAGGUCUCCACUCGAGGGUCCAUAUCCAAUAACAGUAACUCUUACUAACAUUUAGACAAUAAGCAAAACAUUGAAAACUAAACAUUAACAAACAAAUACCACACUUGAAAUGGAAAUUAAGAAUAAGGAAAUACAGGUUUUUUUUUGGACUGAUAGCAAGUACCACAAUGUUCGGUGGUCGGUACGGUAGAUAAGAUGUUGGGUGCUCUAUGUCCAGUUCGUUUUUCAAUUAUAACAGAUUUAGGAUUGCUGGUAUAGAUAACCGGAGACCUGGAAGAACAUAUAUGUUUUCCGUAUAGAAUUCAAGGUCUGAAUUUAAAGGGAGAUAUUGUUGAAGACACGAGAGUAUGGUUUGACUUAAUUAAAGAGACAUUUUGAGGUCUCCGUUACUUAAAACAAUCUAAGAAACAACAGUCUCCCUCCAACCAAAAACCCGUGUCGUUUGAUCCUAUGCCAGUAUAUUAAUUCUUAUUAUUCUUUUCUCGUAUUGGAGUGUUCACCAUCGUUGAUUCAGCCCCCUGAAGAUUUUGAAAGGCACGUCGUGGAUAUCAUUGUCCAGCGUGUGUCUUUGAAGGCUUCUGCUCCGGUUUGCUUCAGAACUGGGGUUGUACUAACGCAAUUGGAAAGUCAAUCAUGUCUGGGUGGCGUUUACCUAUUUUAGUUAUAAAAAAAAUAUUCCUAAAGUUGUUGUAGUGCCAAAAGCUUUGACAAAUAAAGAAAUUUGCUUUUCCUAAUUUAAUAUAAAUAAAUUACAAAGUACCUAGUGUUCCUGUUUUUGUAUAGAACGGUUCGAAUUUAAAUUGAUAUUAGUUUGAGAGGGAUGACAGAGGGACGAUCUUCCACCGAGCAGUUGUCCAAAUUGUCCAUCCCCGGUACGAAUGUUCCUCGGAACUUAUUUCCCUAGCUAUUCGCUGUAGCCUUUACGCUAUCAGCCAGAGGAUACAGCUACUUUAUUAUAGCUACCCUCAGAUGGGUAGGGGAUCUCACGGACUGAACUUGAAAGGAUUUGCUAACACUAGCCUAACACGAACAAGAGCAGUGCUUCGCUGAAUCUAAUACCGGAUCGGAAUCGCAACCCACUGAGAAGAUCCGGCGAGAAACUCAGUGGAUUCUCAGAACAUCAGAUAUGCUCAAGCUUAUGUUGCAAAUGUCGUUAGGGUGAUUCAAGUUUUUAUCAAAUAUCUAUCGGUUUUGUGAUUAUUAUCAUCCAUGGGCUCGCACGGAUAGUUUUCACCCUCCUGCUUAUUUCUGCCGCGAAGCAGAUACGAGGUUCGUUUGUAGAAUAAAUUAACUGGAUGCGUCUUGCUGUUUACUUGGUGUGAUGCAGGAAAAAUAUCGUUUAAUAAAAAUCAAACCUGCAAAAAAUAUAAUUAGCUUAGUUACUGGUGAUAGGAUGUCUUGUUUGUGAGCCUGCACGAGUAGCGUUUCAUUUUGAAGGGUAUGGCAGUCGUUGUACUGUAACGGAGUUUUAGAAUGCAUGUCUCAAGGUGGGUGGUGGCAUUUAUGUUGUGAUUUCCAUGGGCUCCGAUAACCAAUUAACAACAGAUGGAUCGUGAGCUCAUUCGACUAUCUAAGCAAUAAAAAAAAUGUUCGUGAUCAGGAGAGGACUCAGAAAACAAAAAUAAAAACAAUAAAAGUACUUUAUUAAUAAAAAAGAAUUAUAACAAUGUUUGGCCGAGAUAAUUGCAGAUAAAAGCAGAAAAAUAUAUAUUAUGUUUAUGUGAUAAAAUAGUUAUGUGCAAUAGAGGUCACUUAUGCUUAGAAAAAAUCUGUAAAAUAUACACAGUGUAUGUAUAAUAUAAUUAAUGAAAAUAUACACAAUGUACGAGCAAUACUAAGCAAUUAUUUUAUCUCCCCACGCAUGGUGCAAUGACCUUUUUACUUUUUUUUGUAAAACUGGUGUAAUGCUUCAAUACGUGAGUGAAUAGUUUUCUUUCUGUCUAUCCCGUUCUGUUGUCUCAUACAUACACACAGCGUACGGAGUCAAAUCGGCUGCAUGUAGGUAGUUAGCAAUAGUUUAUUGAAUACGUUUGUUAUGUGGAGUGUCCGGGCAGCUUGCAAUUCUGAAAAUCAAAACAAAAUCUAUAUUAUUAUAGUAUUUAUAAAAUUAAGGCGCUAUGGAAUAUUAUAAUAAAUUAAACUUUAGUUUUUUUGCCGGAAUUUCAUUUAAACAACCCGAUACAAUAUGCAUCCGACAUCCGAAGUUAAUGUCCUCACGAUUGUAUUUUUAAUUUUUAAACGUGAUUUAUCUUUCUUUUCUGUAUUGAAGCAAGGUUAAGUUUUCAUAGAACAAGAACACAUUGUUUUUUUUUAAGCACCAGCAGUUUUCGACGUUAGUAUUUUAACAUGGUACCUUAUUACGUUUUAGAGUUAACCUACCCUCAGAUUUAAAUAUUUUUUGAUAAAAUCUGCAGUAUCGGACCCUUCGAAGUGUCGUAUUGUUGAAAAUUUUAAAUGUAAAACAAUGUUAAGUAGAAUAUGUUGAAAAUUGAAAUAAAAUUAUGAAUAUUU